AGCUUUUAUAUGAGCCAGGCAUGAACAUUAUUGAGCAAGCCCGAAGCCAUGCCAAGUUCAUUAGAUCCGAUUCACAAGCCCAAAGAUAAGAGAAUGAACAAAGAAAUAACCGUUUGGGUUAGCGUUGGGCUAGGCAAUAUUUAGGCUUCUGAAAUCACCAUGACCCAAACCAUUGCCUGUAUUCCACAGCGUUUCACCAGCAGUUGACCAGAUAUCUUACUUUCUGAAAUUAUGCAAGGACUAUAUUUUUAUUUGGAGAAACGCUAAGAAGCAGGUCGGUACGUUCCCUGAAUCAAAACAAGCUUUGCUCAAUUAUUUAGUUAUUGAAGUGUAUAUGCAGUUGGAAAAUGGCAUUGAAUAGGGUAUUCUAAAUUGCUGGGCUAAAGAUUGCUGCAUAUGGAGAAGUUUCUAACCGUGCAAUCUCCUUUGCAUUUCUAGAAUUUCUUCAAAUAUGAUAUAGUACAUUCUGAUAUUUAGUAUUAGAAACAGUUUUAUUUAAUGCAUAUGCGUUGCUAAAUAUUUUUAUUUGUUAGAACUUUUGUGUAAUUUUUGCCAACAUAGGCUCUUUGAUAAUAUCUUUUCCUCUUAUCUUUAUGUACCCAAAAAUUGACAAUCAAAUAACAUUUCUUUGUUGAUCCCAAAUGUUAUUUUAUUAGAUUUUGUUCUAAAUUAAAAGUACCUUGUGACAAUUCAGUGGAGUUUUCAUUUUUAUGAUUUGAAUUUGAAUCUUGUUAGAACGCAAACAUUGACAAAACUUCAAUUCUUGCAGAUGCUAUAAAUUGUGUUUUAUGUUAUAUUAUUCUGCCUUCUAAACAGCUAGAAGUGUUUAUUUUGCUGUCAGGAUGCUAAAAUACGAGACAGAUAAUUUUCCCCACAUUUUCUGAUGUUAUUGUAUGCUAAACAAGUCAUCUUCUUAAAGGUUUUUUGGCCUGGAUAUUGUUAGGAUUCCAAGUUCAAUGUAUGAUAUUUGAAUUCUACAUAGGAAAAUAUGAAUUUCUGAUGUGAGGUUUAUAUGAUUGUGAGCUCUUUAAUCUAACAGUUAGCUUUUAAGGUGUGGAUUUUUUAAGAUUCUUAUCAGAUACUUUUCUAUAUUUAUUAAGAAAUUUUAGUCUAAAUUUAAAUUCUAGAUUUCUCGCUUUUUGAAAAUACCAUAUCGUUGGGUUUGUUCUCUUAUUUAAUGUGUGUAUUCUCAUAUAAUUUUAUUACUUUCUUUGGGAGUAAAAUUUUUAUUUCAAAGAAUUUUUAUAUCUGAAUUUAUUUAUCUUAUAUUUUAUGAAAAAUGGCUUUGCAUGAGAAUGAGUGUAGUUUACUUGGUUAGAUUUUUGCUAGGAGCAAAAUUAUUAUUGAUUAAUUUGCGUCAAACCAAGGAAAAUGUAGUUAAUUUGUAUUUGUGUGAGGUGCAUUUGGGUUUGUGGUAAACAAUAUUUUGAAAAACCCUAGAGAGAGUUGUAAUUUUCUAAGGUAAAUUUUUCUAGUAAAGGCAAGUUAAUUAUGUUUAUGCAACCUUUUUAAGCCAAUAGAAUCUAGGCAAAAUUUGUAUAACGUAUGCAAUUUCCAACACGGCUCUUUAGAAGUGAUCAUUUUGCGCCUAUAUAUACACAUGCAAAUGAGUGUUACAAGUUGUGAUCUGAAGCGAAAAAAACGAGGAGAGUUAGAGAUGCAAAGAAGAGAAAGAGGAGGUAGCAGUCGAUAUCAUCUUCGACCACAAAUGCAACUACCGUCUACCUUAGAUACAGGCACAGUGUUGGAUGGAGAAGAUGUCAAUCGCAUCACUAGGAAAAAGAGGAAGACCAAAAACUCUCAGGAUUGGAGACCCUGGGCAGAACUUCCUCAGGAACUUGUAGAUUUAAUCUCCAAAAAACUGACAAUACCAGACUAUUUUAGGUUUGGUCGGGUGUGCCGAAAUUGGUGGUCAAUUUCCAUGGCUUCCAAGCAGAACUUCAUGUCAUUACAAGCACCACUUUUGAUUUACAUAUCAACAAGGGCCAAAAGAAGUUGUCUUUUCUAUGACAUAUCCAAUGGGGCCAAAUAUAAGAGCAAGCUGCCUUACUUUGGUUUGAAUUUCUGUAUUGGGUUGUCCUGUGGAUACAUAAUUAUGGAAGACAUCUGCAGUACUAUUUCCCUUGUAAAUCCUGUUACAGGAUCCCGAUAUUUGUUCCCCAAUAUGGCCACUCCUAGUAGAUUCUUUUUUUCCGAUGACCGUACUAUCAUUGCUUCUACUGUACCAAAUCAAGAUUUUCUUCUUGUGGUUCUCUCUUCCAGGCAACAAGAUGUGCACUUCCGUCGCUCCAAGGACAAGAACUGGCACAUUUACUCUUUUGCUGCCAAGUUUUCAAAAAUCUAUGAUAUACUUGUCUUUGAGGACAGCAUAUAUGUUUUAACCAAUGAUGGUCAGAUUGGUACAUUGAACCUAAAAUCUGCUCCUGAAGUGAACUUUUUGAAACUGAAUUCUGCUCCUCGCUUUCAUGGCUAUAUUAAACUUGUGUCUGCAAAAGAUCGGCUAAUGGUGAUUGAUUUUGUUGCCUCGCCACAACUCAGAGUUUAUGUAAUAGACUUUAUGCUGAUGCAGUGGGUUCGGGUGAUCAACUUGGCUAACCAUGCUUUGUUUUUGGGCGACAUGAUGUGUUCCUUGAUAAGUGACCCAACAAACUGGGGAUGGCAAAACAACUGUGUGUAUUAUCUGUCAUCUGAAUCCAAGACCUGUUAUGCGUACUCCAUAAGUGGCCAGUUCCUGGGAAGCAUCCUUUUUGACAAAGAUGAUGAAGCUGCUUCUGCCCAGAUGAAUUGUUGGUAUUUCCCACAUUUAUCAUGCAGCAUAGAUAAGGUGAGGGAUGAUGAACCAGAAGACUAGUUUGGUGGUAUGCAGAAACAUUUAGAACUUAUGUUGUUGGUUUUUCUUUUCUCUCCUUUUUUAUGGUAAACUUGGACAAUGUCAAAGCUCUUGGGCUGUUUUAUUGUUUCAAAUUUUUCCUUUGUGAUGGACUAAUGCUGCUUAUGUUUUGUCUGAAGAAUCUCAGUUGUUUCUUUUAUAUUACUAAGUUGAAGCAUCAUAGUACCUAUGACUUGGGGU